AUGAGGAGAAUUCUGUGUUUACUUGUAAUCCUCGCGAAUUUAUGCGAGCAAUACGUAAAAGCGGAGCAUGAGGAAGAUGGGUCUACGGAUCUGUUUGUGAUCGAGGGGAAGGUGUUCCCCUGGGACAACGCUGCCUCUACUGGGUGGCAGCUCAUGACGCAUGUAAUGGCAAACGGAGGAGAGCAUUACGGUUUUCUGAGGGAAGAUGGUACAUUCAUAAUCACAAACGUUCCGUCUGGGUCUUAUAUGGUUGAAGUGGUGAAUCCGAAUUACGUUUACGAACCAGUUAGAGUGGAGAUCAAUUCCAAAGGAAAAUUCCGUGCUCGAAAAGUUAAUUUGAUACAGACGUCGCAAGUAAUUCAAGUACCUUAUCCAUUGAAAAUGAGGCCUUUAGCACCAUUUCGAUAUUUCCAAGUUAGAGAGCAAUGGCGAUUAACGGACUUCCUGUUCAAUCCCAUGGUUCUGAUGAUGGUUCUGCCACUUAUACUGAUCAUGAUUCUGCCAAAAAUUAUGAAUGAUCCUGAAACUAGGAAGGAAAUGGAGCAAUUAAAUAAUCUCACUAUCUAUAAUAUGCCAGAAAUGUCUGAAGUAAUAACGUCUUUUCUUUCUGGAGGAGAAAAACAAAAAUCAAAGGCUGUAAAAGCUGCUAAGAAAAGACAAUAAUGUAUUAGUUUAGUUUAUUAUCCGUAGGUGAUUAUAUGUGUAUAUGUUUACUCUAGUCGUUAAAAUAGAUUAAGAUAUCGAUAGAAAGAGCGAGAAACGCUCCAAUUCUGUAAUGAGUGUAAGGCUAUGAUUUAUGAAUAUGUUAAGCCUUUGAACAAUCGUUCGAAAGCGCUUAAUAUAUUCUCGUAGUUGCGAAAUUAUAAAAGUGAUUCGCAUAUCCAUUACACGCGUCCAAAUAGAAAAACAAAACGGCAUCGGGAACUUUUUAACUUGUUACUCGUUUGUUUUAUAUAAUUACUUUAUAUACAUAUACAAUUUCAUAAAAUAAUAGAAAAAGCUUUGUAUAAAUAUAAGUAAAGGAAAAAAAUUAACCUAAAAUGAUUAAUAACAUAACAAUGAUGUACAAUGUAAUUGUACUUUGCGUCACAAAGACACUAUUUUGUUACACCUUCUUGUGUCGGUCACUCUCUGUGAUGUCUAGAUUAAUCCUGUUUUAUGUAAGAUGUCCAGGCACAAGAUAGAAGAAUUUUCUAAAUCAUAAAAAGGCAUGUAUCUAUCAAUAUCACAAAUAAACAAUUAUAUAUAAAUUCU